AUGCCAUUACUUUUCCAGCAGACCAAGCACUUGGUGAAGCCAUUCGCUUUCACAUCGUACGUAUGUGCGAAGCAUCCUAUUCACAUAUUGAUGAUCACGUUACUUUUAGCGUCCACUGCAUAUUUAUCAGUUAUUGAACAUUACUUCAAGGGCUGGCAGCUGGAUUCCAAAAGUAUAUUUAAUCAAUUUGGUAGCAUAGAUGCUUUGCAAAAUGACUGCGUUCAUUACUCUCGGCCCUUUUCGGAUAGCAAAUGGACACAUUUAUCUACCGAGGAACUACAAAAUUUGUCCGGUUUUAAUCACUACUAUCUUUUGGAGAUUGAGUUUGAUUCCAAAAAUUCCUCUCAGCAGAUUCCGGAAUUGGAUAAUGUAGCGUACAAGGAGGGACAUACACAUUAUUUAUUGCAAGAAACCUUGGAGCUACCUCCAGUAUUGAAAACACAGGAUGCUGUUUGGAAAUUGAGGGCUCAUAGACACAAGAUUUACGAUGUGAAAAAUUACAUUUUGACCUUCUACACAGAUCUAAAUGAGAGAAUUUCUAAUGCAGAGCCCUUUGAUGUCUUCAUCAUCGGCUCAGCCUACUUUGGCAUGUUGUACACUAUCUUGGGCUUGUUCUUAGAUAUGAGAAAGGUAGGAUCAAGGUUCUGGAUAGGUUUAUCUGCGUUAUUCAACUCUGUUUUUGCUUUUGUUUUCGCAUUAUUCACUUGCCAAUGUGUUCUACAGAGAUCUGUUUCUUUAUUGAGUUUGAUCGAGGGGAUACCGUUUGUCGUUGUAGUAGUUGGAUUUCGUCAUAAAAUUAAGCUUGCAUCUUAUGUUGUGAAUCAUUUCAAAAGUUUUGGAGUCUCUAAGAGAGUAAACGCUGGUGAUAUUGUUUAUGAAGGCGUGUUAGAAGAGGGUGGACGUUUGAUUCAAGACCAUUUUUCGUGCAUGUUAGCAUUUGGUGGUUGUUCAUUAUAUGCAUCCUCUUUGGAAGUGUUGACCAACUUUUGCAUAUUGGCUACGUUGAUAUUAGCAUACGAUCUAUUGUUGACUUGCACUUUCUACUCAGCUGUGUUGGCUUUAAAACUAGAAAUUAAUCUGAUCCACAGAUCUACUGUCAUCAAACAAGCUUUAGAAGAGGAUGGUGUUAUAAAAUCCACUGCAGGCAUUAUAUCUGAUGCUGAAACUAAAUCAAUGCUAUCUUUAAUCGCUUCUAACACUAGCAUUACACUUCUAAAACUUCUAAUUGUUCUAGGUUUUAUUGGUGUGAAUUUCUAUAAGUUUGGCUCGAGGUGGACAUAUAAAACAUUCUCUAAUCUGUACUCCAAGAAGUAUGAUUGUUCAAUUCCAUCGUUUAUUGAUGCACAAAUCGUUAAUUCUGCAGUAAUUUCCAUGCCACCUAUCCAGUACUAUGAACCGAUGAAAGUUUAUUUCCAGUUGGAGGAUACCAUCUUAUCUUCAUUACGUUAUGUUAGUGUGGCGAUCAGGGACAGGUUUAUUAGUAAGUUGGUUUUGUUUGCAUUAGCCAUUAGCGCCUCUAUCAACAUAUAUCUAUUGAAUAUUGCAAGGAUACACACCCAAUUUACAACCAAUGAAUUGAAUAGUAAAAAGAAACUUAAGAAGUCCUCUAAUUUCGCGGUGGGUUCUGCGCCAAUAGUUGCUCCUCCCUCUGAAAGAACAUCUGAAUCCACAGUAUCUUCAUCAGAAACUAAAAUUAUGGAUUCAGUUCCUUCUUCUGUUACAGUUUCAGAUGAUGAGACUGAAACUGAAGAUGAGUCAGAACCAAUCCGGCCAUUAGAAACCUUGAUAGAAAUCAUGAAACAAGGUGGUGUGAAAACAUUGAGAAAUAGGGAACUUGUCUCGUUAAUUGUGAACAGCGAACUUCCGUUAUACGCAUUGGAAAAGCAAUUAUGUGAUACGACCCGUGCAGUUGUUGUUCGUCGUAAAGCUCUGGCUAAGUUGGCGGAUGCUCCUGCUUUAGAGACGGAACGUUUGCCAUAUAAAAACUAUGACUAUGAUCGUGUUUUUGGUGCUUGUUGUGAAAACGUUAUUGGCUACAUGCCGCUACCUGUUGGUGUCAUUGGUCCUUUGGUUAUUGACGGAAUUCCAUAUCAUAUUCCAAUGGCCACUACCGAGGGAUGCUUGGUUGCUUCAGCCAUGCGUGGCUGUAAGGCAAUAAAUGCAGGUGGUGGUGUCACCACUGUUUUAACUAAAGAUGGAAUGACAAGAGGUCCAUGUAUCCGUUUCCCAUCUUUGGCCAGAUCAGGAGCUUGCAAAAUCUGGCUAGACUCUGAAGAUGGCCAAAACAAAAUUAAAAAGGCAUUUAAUUCUACAUCCCGGUUCGCUCGUUUGCAACAUAUUCAAACUGCUCUUGCCGGAGAUUUGCUAUUUAUUCGUUUCAGAACCACCACAGGUGACGCUAUGGGUAUGAACAUGAUUUCAAAAGGUGUUGAGUUCUCCUUAAAUCAGAUGGUCGAAGAAUUCGGCUGGGAUGACAUGGAGAUCGUAGCUGUCUCUGGUAACUACUGCACUGACAAGAAACCAGCUGCUAUCAACUGGAUAGAAGGCAGGGGCAAGAGUGUGGUUGCUGAAGCAACUAUCCCCGGUGACGUAGUAAAAAAAGUUCUAAAAAGUGACGUUAAUGCCUUAGUUGACUUAAACAUCUCCAAAAACUUGAUUGGUUCAGCCAUGGCAGGCUCCGUUGGUGGGUUUAAUGCACAUGCCUCAAACUUGGUGACAGCCGUGUAUCUAGCUCUAGGUCAAGAUCCUGCGCAAAACGUAGAGAGUUCAAAUUGCAUGACCUUGAUGAAAGAAAUUGACGGCGAUUUGAGAAUAUCUGUCUCCAUGCCAUCUAUCGAAGUCGGGACAAUCGGUGGUGGUACCAUAUUGGAGCCUCAGAGUGCUAUGCUAGAUUUAUUAGGCGUCCGUGGUCCGCAUCCUACAGAACCAGGUACUAACGCCCGCCAGUUGGCUAAAGUUGUUGCAUGCGCAGUAAUGGCAGGUGAACUAUCCUUAUGCUCAGCCUUGGCUGCAGGGCAUUUGGUCCAGAGUCACAUGAUUCACAACCGUGCAAAAGCCUCUCCAACCUCUACUGAAGUAAAACAGGACGACAUACCCCGUCUACAAGAGGGGUCUGUCACCUGUAUCAAAUAA